AUGGAUUUCUGGAACCGUCUCAUCGGAGGAUCUGGCUCCUCAAGCGUAGCCAGCAAGCAGCCCCUUCCUACUACACCUCAGCAGCGACUAGCAAAGUUCAAGAAAGUUUGGCAAUCGUUAAUGCAUACAUGGCGCAACUCGCGUGAAAACGACCCAAACUCGCAGGAACAGCUUCGGAGCUACGUAAAACGUCUAACGGACCUCCUAAUCGAGGAGGAAAAACGGUCCGCGAGGCUGUGUAUGAACUUCUGCUAUGAGAACCAGGUUUUCAUAUUCUUGUCACAAAUCGGACAGUCGGGCACUGCGCCAGUGAUACGGGAGUGCAUCACGGCCUUUGCAACGUUGAUUGAUAACGAGGAGGAAGACUUUUUGGCCCAGGAGAGUUUCGCCCAGAGUUUAAUUGCGUUUCUGAGAAGGACAAGUCAGCAUAGCGAAACAAUAUUCGAGGGCGAGUUUGUGGAGCUGCUAUUCAGUAUCUCGGCGAAGAUUCGACUGAGUCCGGGAAUCCUACAGGCUUGGUUUAUCACGAGAGGAGAUGAGGAAGGUGGUCGGGAGUUUGAAACUUUGGGACCUCAGCAGAAAUUUGCAGGGAUUACAAACAAGGACGAUUUCCCGCUUUUUUAUCUAUUGAUAGAUUAUGUCCACCAUGAAGGAAGGGUUGGUGACUUUGCGAGAACUGGGCUGCUCUAUAUCAUUGAGGCAGCGUCAACGUCUGGUGAUCUAGAGAAAUGGAUUGUCGAGAGUGAUCUUGCAACUUUGAUGGCUUCGGGGCUAGGGGCGCUUUACAGCCAGCUUAGCAGAAAACUAGUCGUGACGUAUCCCACAGAUGAUCCGCCGACAAUUCUUGUGCUUUCCGACUACUCCUCCGCCCCGCCAACCUUUGGCGCAGAGAGCUCUAAUUCACCAGAAUUUCAGACGCAUCUCGAAACCUUCCUUUCUUAUCUGAUAUUCUGGCAGGAUGUGUUGGAGCAUUGCAGGUCUGCCGAUGUUAAGCAGACUCUUCUCGACCACUUUCAAGUUUUGUUCUUACAACAGCUAUUAUAUCCAUCUCUUCUCGAGUCCUCGGACAUAGACGGUGGCUCGUCUGUGGCCGUCUUAACAUAUGUCCGUGUUGUUCUUGAUACUCUUGAGCAUCCUGACCUUAUACACCUUAUACUCUCCUAUCUAAUGGCUCUCCCUGACAAGCCAAAAUCCGAGACCGAAUCAAUUCAAUCACCGUCAAUGGAAAGGCGUCGAAGAUCACUCGAUCUUUUGUCCAAAGUUGCAGCCAUGGAUGACACACCAACUCCAGACUUGUUUAACCUUGUAGACUUAGUAUUAACCAGUCUGAAAUCCAAAUCUCAGCAAACAGUUUCAGCUACUCUGCGGUUGGUGUCCACGAUAUUAAGAAAACACCAUCCAUAUUCAGUAUCUACCCUUUUAAAGGUUAUCCCAUAUCCCGAGGGAGCACAUAUGCGAACUAUUGGUGCCCACAACAGAGAGAUGGAACUGUUGUUUACCCUUGUAGGCGAUAUAUCCGAGGACAGAGACGUUUCAGAGAGUUAUAGCCAACACCUCAAGGACAACCUCGUCCUGCUUGAGUCUCACCCUUGUUCUGCGAAGCAUCUUAACCUGAAGAAUGGGCCUAGCCGGGGAGUACAGGAUGAUGCAAACCCUCGAUGGGCCAAAUUGAAUGAAAUGUAUACCCACACCAUUCAUCCAAACGAUCCACUGCUCAAGAAUGUAAUCGAGCUGCUAAACACGUUCUUUGCAAACACCGUCGAGACAAACUUGAUCCUCACCGCAGUUAUCGUAGACCUCGCAACAUGCUCCUGGAUGCGGCCAGAAGGAUGGCUUCUAUUCGACCCCACUAGCUACGAAUUCGAUAAUAGCGACGAGUCCGACGGCGAAGAAGCCUGGGACGAGCUCGACGAUGUCGAAAACGAGCUCGCCGAGAUCAUGGGCGAAAACACCACCACCAACCCAGACAUCUCCCUGCGCAAAGAGCGCAAACGCAUCAUUGAGCUCAAAAAGGCCAACAGGACCCCAAGGUUCACCAGCACGCCCCCCAUCCUGGCAGCCCUCCAGGGCCUCGUCUGCCAGAUCAGAACAUACCGCCGCGAGAUCCCAGACCUCAACGACAAGCUCGCAGAGCGCAAACGCGCAUUCCAGUUCACGGACGAGCUCAACGAGGCCCUCCUCUCCAGCCCCCUCGUAUCACCACCAAUGUCCUCCCCCGUCCGCAACUCCAAGCUCGAAGCUAUCACGCCCCGUAACCUCGUGCGGCCAUCAUCGUCGAACACAGGACGCCAGCGGAAAUACUCGGGCGGCUCCCAGCCAAUGCAGGCCUCCCGCUCAUCGCGGGGACUGGCUAUCACGCCUUCACAGGUACGUGCGCUGUCGCCCGCCGCGGCGGUCAUAACGGGCGGGAGUCCCAGCAGCCCGUUUAACUCACACGUGACGGACACGACGAUGCGAAGGAUUAAGGUGCUGCAGCCAGGACAGGCGGGGCUGCAUCUGCCGCCGCCACCGGAGGGCGAGAGUAGGGAGGGGAGUGUGUGGAGUGAUGCGGGGACGGCGCCGUUUGAGGAGGGGACGGCGGAUUUUACGCUCAGCCAUUUGUUGACUAAUAUUAUGAUUCUUCAGGAGUUUGUGCUGGAGUUGGCGGCGCUCGUGCAGGUGAGGGCGUCGUUGUUUGGGGAUCUGAAGUUUGCGUAG